CAAUUGCUCACUGUUAUAUCAACCCACUGCCUUGCCAGGUCAUCGUUCGUUUUUGCUUCAAGGUCAUCCACAUUCUUUAAACUAGCCGUCUCUACCAAUCCCCCGGGAGGAAUUCAAUCGUGCGCUUCGGGACAGCUGCCACAUUCUUUUGAACGUCAACAAACACACAGAGCAACUCCUUGCGUCAGUCAAUUUCGAGACAAUCUAUUCUCACGCCUUCGUCUUUGUUUAGGAACCGAGUUCACUAAACUAUCAUUACCUUAUACUAUUCAUCAUGAUGAGAACUGGUGUUGCUGCCCUCGGCGCUCUGUCGCUGAUCAACCUUGCUGCUGCUAAGCCUUCUGGUCACCACCGUCGUCACCAGGAGCUCCACGAGAAGCGUCAGGAGGUAGUCUACGAGACCGACUACUCCUACGUUACCACUCAGCUCCCCAACGUUGUCGUCUUUGUUGACGAGAACGGCGCUCCUUACUCCACCUCCACUGAGGGUCAGGCUGCCGCAACCUCCGCUGCUGCCGUUGUUGCCUCUUCUGCCCCUGUCUACACCGAGGCCGCUGCUCAGCCUGCCUACUCUGAGGCCUCUUCCUCUUCGGUUUACGUCGCCCCCACCCCCACCACUUUGGCCUCCGUCUACAAGGCUGCCAUCUCCAAGGAGUCCUCCACCGAGGCCGCCUCCACUACCCAGGCCCCUAUCCUCUCUGUCUCUGCCGGUAUCUCUUACGGCUCUCAGACUUCCUCCUCCAAGGCCGCUGCCUCUUCCUCUGCCUCUUCUUCCAGCGGCAAGGGUCCCUCGGGAUACGGCGUUGUCUACUCUCCUUACACCGAUGACGGUGGCUGCAAGUCCCAGGAUCAGGUCAACAGCGACUUCGCUACCAUCCACGCCUUCGCCCAGAGCAAUGGCGAUGAGUGGGCCUUCGUCCGCACCUACGGUGUUGACUGCAACCAGGUCUCCACCGUCCUCAGCGCUUGCGAGCAGUACGACCUGAAGAUCUUCGCUGGUGUCUUCAACGUUGACACCGAUGAGACCCUCGCCGCUGACCUGAAGACCUUGACCGAGGCCGCUAACGGCGACUGGUCCAGAUUCAACACCAUCUCCAUUGGUAACGAGGUUGUCAACAGCGGCAAGCUCACUGUUGCUGAUGUUGGCAAGCGUGUCGCUUCUGCCAAGUCUACCCUCUCCGCCGCUGGCUACACUGGUAGCAUUGUCGCUGUCGACACUCUCGUCGCCAUGGUUGCCAACCCCGGACUUUGCGAGUUCUCUGACUACGUUGCCGUCAACUCCCACCCCUUCUUCGACGGUAACGUCCUUGCUGAGGACUCCGGCGAGUUCCUUGUUCAGCAGAUGCAGAGCGUCUCCAACGUCUGUGGUGGUAAGGAGACCUGGAUCACCGAGACUGGCUGGCCCACUCAGGGUAGCAACAACGGUGUCGCUGUUCCCAGCGUCCAGAACCAGAAGUCCGCCAUCGCCUCCAUCAAGAAGGCUGUCACCUCCAACGUCAUCUGGUUCACUGCCUUCAACGACAUGUGGAAGACCAACAGCGCUUCCACCUUCAACGCUGAGCAGUACUGGGGUAUCUGCAACUAAGACUGUACAAAGCGCUUAGGAAAAAUUUUGUACGAGUCAUGGUUAUCUUCUGUGGGCACGCAUUUCUGUGGAGUUCCGAUCUUAAAUCUUCUUUUCUAUCUUCACGAAGAGUUCAUUCGUGUAUUUGAUUUUUCUUUUUCUUUUGAUCAGCACCUUUCUCCAGAUUCAUGUCAAAUGGUCUAGGUAGUGUGUCUGCGGGUCUCUACACUUCUUUGUACAUAGCAUAUGACGAUGUCCUAUCGGAGGAAAUUUACGAGUUUUCACUGUUCAAA